UUAACCAAGAAUUAGUUAAACAGAAUGGUACUAAGGAAGAUAUGGAUUAUACUCCCAUGAGUGGAUCCAGCAAUAAUAUUGUUCCUCCCAUGAAUGAAUCUGAUCAUGUCCCACUCUUGAAAGCCAGAAGAGAUCACACCAACCUUGAUAGAAUUGAAGCUGGUCUCAGAAGAGCUCGAGCUGCAAUAAAAGAAGCAAAACAGGGGAACCGAACUCAAGAUCCUGACUUUGUCCCCAUUGGUCCGAUGUAUAGGGAUGCCAAUGCCUUUCACAGGAGCUACUUGGAAAUGGAAAAGCAGUUCAAGAUCUUUGUCUAUGGAGAAGGGGAGCCCCCAGUGUUUCAUAAUGGUCCCUGCAAGAGCAUUUACUCUACAGAAGGGAAUUUCAUAUAUGGGAUUGAGAUGAACAACCAGUUCAGAACCAGGGAUCCUGAGAAAGCACAUGUUUUCUUCCUUCCCUUCAGUGUGGCAAUGCUGGUCCGAUUUGUCUACGUUCGUGACUCCCAUGAUUUUGGUCCGAUUAAAAGGACUGUCAUAGAUUAUGUCAAUAUCAUUUCAAAAAAGUACCCCUAUUGGAAUCGAAGCCUAGGAGCAGAUCAUUUCAUGCUUUCUUGCCACGAUUGGGGGCCAGAAGCUUCCCGUUCCACUCUUCACCUAUACAAAAACUCCAUUAGAGUUCUGUGCAAUGCUAACACAUCUGAGGGAUUCAACCCCGCCAAGGAUGUGUCGUUUCCAGAGAUCAAUCUCCGAACGGGUUCGAUACACGGAUUUCUUGGCGGGCCGUCUGCGUCCCAUCGUCCGAUCUUGGCUUUCUUUGCCGGAGGGCUCCACGGUCCCGUUAGACCCGUGCUUCUUGAGCACUGGGAGAACAAAGAUGAGGAUUUAAGGGUGCAUAGAUACCUCCCAAAAGGCGUAUCCUACUAUGACAUGAUGAGAAAGAGCAAGUACUGCAUUUGCCCAAGUGGGUACGAGGUUGCAAGCCCAAGAGUUGUGGAGGCCAUAUAUGCCGGGUGUGUUCCGGUGCUGAUUUCCGACCACUAUGUUCCACCAUUCAGUGAUGUGUUGAACUGGAAGUCAUUCUCCGUUGAGGUUCCGGUGAAGGAUAUUCCAAACUUGAAGAAGAUACUAAUGGAUAUUUCUCCAAGGCAGUAUAUAAGAAUGCAGAGGAGGGUAGUGCAGGUGAGGAGGCACUUUGAGGUUCAGUAUCCACCCAAGCGAUUUGAUGUGUUUCACAUGGUGCUUCACUCUGUGUGGCUCAGAAGAAUGAAUGUUAGGGUCCAUAAUGAUGUCGAUUUGUUGUGACCAUAACACUAAUUUGUUUAGAAUUUCUAAUUAUCAUAACCACAGAGGGGUAGGCAACUCUUACCUUGAAGCUAAAUAAUAAUAAUAAUAAUAAUCUUAUUCAUCUGUA